AUGGACGGAGAACCGUUCAUAGCAGACGUCAGGGUGAACGGCACAGACUUCGUGCCAUCUCUUGUCGACUAUGGCUGCCUCUGCUACGGCGCGGUUAGCAAGCGCACAUUUCACUCUCUCCAGUUGCCACAUAUACGCGUCCAGCCGCGCAUCUUGGAGAAUGCAGCGGGAGACGGCAAGGAGGUCAAAAUCGACAAGAUCACGUAUGUGUCGAUCGACCUCGAUGGACAUCAGCAGCAUCGUGUUUUCAUGUACGUCAUCGACGAUCUGAACUGGGAUAUGAUCCUGGGUAAACGAUGGAUGGAAGACCAGGAUGUUCACAUCCAUGCGAAGGAAGGAUAUCUCGAGAUCGGGUCCAAUGGAGUUCAAUACCACAAGUGGUCUCGAGCUUUCUCUCAGCAACUGGCCGACCAGCUGCCCCCUCAUCGGCCAGCCCUACCCUGGGGACCGCUUUACAGCAUGUCCCGCGAGGAGCUAUUGGUACUACGGAAGACUCUCACAGAACUACUCGACAAGGGAUUUAUUAGAGUCAGCAGCUCGCCAGCCGCGGCACCAGUCCUUAUGAGGGACCGCUAUCCCUUGCCCUUACUGAGCGAGACCUUGCGAACGAUAGCCAAGGCAAGGUGGUUCACCAAGACAACUUUCAGAACGCGCUAUGGAUCCUUCGAAUGGCUGGUAGUUCCAUUCGGCCUGACAGGCGCACCAGCAGCCUUUCAGCGGUACAUUAACAGCGCGCUCCAGGAUUACCUAGACGAUUUUGUGUCAGCAUAUAUCGACGAUGUCCUGAUCUUCUCCUCUGGAAGCCUGCAAGACCACCGCGACAAGGUCGGCAAGGUCCUCCAACGACUGAUGGACGCCGGGCUGCAACUGGAUAUCAACAAGACGGAGCCGCUAACGCGGCUAACGAAGAAGGACGUGCCAUUCCGUUGGGAUGAAUUGUGCGAAGAAGCCUUCGAGAAGCUCAAGGACUUGUUGAUCACGGCCCCGAUCCUUGCACACUUCCAUCCAGAAAGGGAGACUAUCGUGGAAGCAGACGCUUCAGGAUUCGCGUCGGGAGGCGUGCUCUUGCAGAGAGAUGAUAAGGAUGGACUGGUACGACCUGUCGCAUAA